AGCAAGGACUCCCACAGCUUUGAACACACUGAAUUUCUUGCAGUUUGAGGAAGAAAUGGUGGACAUUUGCUUUGAAUUGCUUGAUGCCAACCGAAAACAUCUGAAAGACCCAGCUGGAGACGUUGCAGCUCGCUGCAACCCCAUCUACGUUAGCCGUGUAAUCAGUGCCAUGAUCAACAGUAAUGACGAUUUGGGUGUUUUAGCUGGAUGCUGGGAUGAAAAAUAUCCGGGUGGUGUUUCUCCCCUGAGAUGGACCAGCAGUGUCAACAUCUUACAGCAAUGGCAUCGAAACAACUUAAAGGCAGUAAAGUACGGACAAUGCUGGGUGUUUGCCGGUGUGAUGUGCACAGUGAUGCGGUUCUUUGGUAUACCUUGCCGUGUCGUCACAAAUUUCGUGUCUGCUCAUGAUAAAAACAACAGCCUCACGAUUGAUGAGUAUUUUGAUGACUACGGACUAAAAGCCAAGCAGGAUUCUGACAGUAUAUGGAACUUCCAUGUGUGGGUCGAGGGUUGGAUGAAGAGGCCUGACCUCAACCAGGCAGGUAGUUUCGAUGGUUGGCAGGUCUUGGAUCCCACUCCUCAGGAAAAGAGUGGAGGAGUGUUCUGCUGCGGUCCAGCACCAGUGGCUGCUAUCCACCAGGGCAAAAUGGACCUGAAGUAUGACGUACCCUUUGUCUUCAGUGAGGUCAAUGCUGAUGUGGUGAAGUGGAUGGUCAAUAGUGAUGGCUCAAAGACAAAGUUGAAAUCCCUCACUGACACUGCAGGCGUGGGCCAGAAAAUCUCCACUAAAGCUGUUGGCUGCUUCACAAGGAGUGAUAUAACUAACACCUACAAAUACAAAGAAGGUAAAGACACAAAUCUGAGAUCUUUUACUGAAAGCAUUAGGUUAAUUUGAUUAAUUCUUGAUUUC